AUGAAACCUUCACUUCUCCUGGAUGCCCUUUGUUUGGGAAUAGCCUCAGCUUCUCCAAGAUCUGAUCACAGCCUGGAUGCACAUUGGUACCAGUGGAAGACAAUGAACAGGAGACUGUAUGAUGUGGAUGAAGAAGGAUGGAGGAGAGCAGUGAGGGAGAAGAAUAUGAAAAUGAUUGAACUGCACAACUGGGAAUACAGCCAAAGGAAACAUGGCUUCACCAUGGCAAUGAAUGCCUUUGAUGACAUAACCAAUGAAGAAUUCAGGCAGGUGAUGAAUGGCUUUCUAAACCAGAAGAAGCGCAGGAAGGGGAAAAUGUUCCUAGAACCUCUCUUUGCUGAGAUUCUCUCAUUUGUGGAUUGGAGACAGAAGGGCUAUGUAACUCCCAUGAAGAAUCAGGCCCAGUGUGGUUCUUGUUGGGCUUUUAGUGUAAAUGGUGCCCUUGAAGGACAGAUGUUCCAGAAAACUGGCAGUCUUAUUUCGCUGAGUGAGCUGAACCUGGUGGACUGCUCUCACUUUCAAGGCAAUCAGGGCUGCAAUGGUGGCUUAAUGGAUAAUGCCUUCCAGUAUGUCAAGGAAAACAAAGGACUGGACUCAGAGGAAUCCUACCCAUAUCUUGGAAGGGAAUCAAAUACCUGCAACUACAGACCUGAGUAUUCUGCUGCCAAUGGCACCGGCUUUGUGGAUAUCCCUCAGCAUGAGAGGGCCCCUAUGAAGGCAGUGACAACUGUGGGGCACUCUGUUGCUAUUGAUGCAGGUCAUUCAUCGUUCCAGUUCUAUAAUGAAGGGAUAUACUAUGAACCAAACUGCAGCAUCAAAGACCUGGAUCACGGUGUUCUUGUGGUUGGCUAUGGCUCUGAAGGAGGAGAAUCAAACAACAAUAAAUUUUGGAUUAUCAAGAACAGCUGGGGUUCAGGAUGGGGCAUGAAUGGCUACAUAAAAAUGGCCAGAGACCAGAGAAACCACUGUGGAAUUGCCACCACGGCCAGAUAUCCCACUGUGUGA